AUGUCACAAACCUCGAGCAAUAGAGGCCAGACCUCACUGGCGGGCGUUCUUCGACUCAAGGGGACUACUAGUCCUACCAAAGAAGCAGUUUAUUGCUCUGGAAAGGCCUCACCACAGUUUGCCAUUGCCGCCAGUGAGACCUCGAGGUCAUCCACGCCUGUGACAGAUGCGUCGACUUACAAGACAUCAUCUUCAGUCAGCUCUUGGGGCACGGGCUCUGCGUCGCAAGAGAGGGAUGUCGAAGACUGCAGCUAUCUGGAGAAGUGCAAGAAGGAAUUUGGUGGUGGCAACAAGUGGGAUGAAGAGAGCUCACCGGACCGGUCUCAUAGACAGUUAUCAGAGCGCCCGACAUACCCAGUUGCCCUGAGACCGUUACAUUCGGGCCGUGAUCGGAAGUCGGAGAGCGACUCAGGUCAGGCGAUGGGAGGCUACGCCAGCUUGCCCCCGUCAUCUCGCGGGGUUAGGGCGGCACUAGGGUCCGAAGCGAGCGAGGACGAGUCCUGUAUGGCUGACGAGGAGGACCAGUAUAACGACGAGUGGAGUGGGGAGGACGACAGCUUCGACGCUGCCAUCAUUGCCGCCGUGGACGGGGAUCUAGCACUGGCCGCCUAUCUCAUCCCUCUCCUGCACCACUCGUUCAGUUCGGCGGUACGGUCCAAGGUCGAAAUGUGGCAGUGUGGAACUUCACCCGAGUCUGGCGCUCAGCAUUCGGAUGGCCUGCGACCGGGAUCCUCGGCGAGUGCGAAUCUGUCGCCGACGACUCCCCGCAAACGCCGGCGCCGAGCCAGCUCUGGCGGCGGUGGUGGUGGCGACGGCGACGGCGAUGACGAUGACGAGGAUAGAGACUUUGGAAACACCAAUGGGAACCCAGAGAGUCCCAGCUCGCCGCUUCUGGCGUGUCCUUUCCACAAGCUGAACCCGAUCAAGUAUGGAAUCCAGCACAGCGCCACGACGGCGACGACGAAAAAUGACUACUAUAGGCCCUGUGCAGGGCCAGGCUUCAAGACCAUCCAGAGGUUAAAAGAGCACUUGAAACGCAAACAUACAGUCGUUCAGUGCCAGCGAUGCUACAAGAUCUUUCGAGGCCCAAGCCGGGAGGCGUCUGUCAAGCUAGAAGAGCACUCGAGGACGGAUGAACCAUGUCAAAAAGGCGAUCCUAACCUGAGAGAAGGUAUCAGCACAACACAGUGGGCGUCCCUCGACAGGCAAAACCGGAAGAAGCCCCAAGAGGCCCACAAACUUGAGAAGUGGUUCGAGAUCUGGACGAUACUCUUUCCGGGCAAAGAGAAGCCCACGACACCAUGGUAUGACGGGCUUCCAAUCGACUCAGGGGGUCCCCCGACCAGAGAGAGCGAGGAGUUUGCCAGCAUCUUUGUCAACAUACUCAGCCACAAGGUUCGGCAGGGCGAUAUAGCACUGCAGGCGGACCAGAACACCAUGGAACGGCUCAGAAACGUGGUGCAGCAGACGUUCCGAACCUGGACCAGCCUUCGCGACGGCCCUCAGAGCGACGCAUCGUCUAGCCUGACCGGCAGCGGACACCAGUCGUCUUCGCGCGUCGGCGGCUCCUCGACGCACCUCUCGGCCCCCUCAGGAAGCGCAUCCCGGCAGCCGACGACGUCGUCGUUCACGACCAUUUCCGCAUCCGGCCACGUCAACACGCUGUCGCAGUCGCACCCAUCUCCUCCUCGCCACCAGCAGCAGCAGCAACAGUUCCCCAUGCAUCAGCUCAGCAUGCAGCCGGCAAACGGCGGGCAGCAGUUUAUCGCGAUGCCCAUCGGUCGGCAGGCCAGCUUUGCACCGGCCCUGCCGGCUCACAACUACGGCAUGCACGUGCCAGAGGACAUGAACUGCCUGCACCUCUACCCGGUGCAGGCUCAGAUGACGCCUGCGCUCUGGACCACUGCGCCAGGCAUGCAGUACCACUUUGCGGGGGCGGUCCCUGCGCAUGCUUUCAACGGUGGUGCCGCGCAGCAGAUCAACGGAUCCGAGUUUUUCUCUGGAGAUGGUGCAGAGAACUUUGUGCCUGGGCUCGAGGGGGAGUUUGCGAUGCAGUGA